AUGGAGACGCCAGCGAUGGAGCGAGACGCACACGCGCCGCGCUCGGGACUCCUUUUGCACCACUCGCGCGCCUCUGUGCCCAUGCCCGGCAGCCAGUACCGCAAGCAGCAGCAGCUCGCGAGUAGCUCCGCGGACCGUCUGCGCAGCCUGGACGAGCGUCGACGACCGCCGUACCCGUCGAUCCCCACAGCAGCUGCGUCAGUGUCAGUGUCAGCAGCGUCACCGCCACCGCUGCAUCGUCGGUAUCUCGGUCCGCUGGAUAGCCUCUGCACGGCGCUGAGCAGCUCGGGCACGGCGAGCGCCGGCGCGGUAUCUGCGGCGGCUGCUACUGCUGCUGGCGCUCGUGCGGGCGGCCACGAAGUGAUUUUGAGCGGCGCGUUGACCAAACGCGGCCACUUUUUCAAGACGUGGCUGCCGCGGCAUUUGGUGCUAUCGCGAGGAGCGCUGCAAGUGUACAGGAAGAACCCCUACACCAGUGGUGGCCCGCGCUACCAGGAGAAGGACGUGGCACAGCUGGAGAAGAAGCUGCUCAAGAUGGAAGUCGUGCGAACCGACGCGAUUCGAGUCGAAGGGACCGAUGCGUUCAAGCACCAUCCGUAUUGCUUUGUGCUGGCCGUGCGGAAACGGUCGCGGCGGUCGGGGCUUUUGGGCAACAUGAGCAGCGGCAGCAGCUACAAGGCGGACGACAGCGUGACACGGAGCUCGAUGCCGUUUCGCAGCACGAGCGGCAUUUGCUUUCAUCAGCGCAAAACGAGUCAUUGGCGCUCGGAACUUUGGACAGAAGACGGACCUGUGGUGCUUUACUAUUUGCAGGCCAGUAAAGAAGCAGAGCGCCAACGGUGGAUUCGUGCCCUGCAGCGCUGGAUCGAAGGCGAGAGCCCGACUAAGCUCGGACGCGGAAUCCUCAACUACAUUGUGAACAACGAGUACAGCAACUAUCGCUACGGGCGAAAGGUUGUUGUAGCAAGUGCAUCGCCACCGAGGUCAAUCGGGCUUGUUGGAGAUAUUGCAUCGGCAAGCAGCGUGACAACAGCCCUGUCUCCAGCUUCGCAGGCUGGACGCACAGUCGAGCGAGAGUUUCCUGUCCUCGCGAAUUUGAUCCGAGAUUUGCACGACUGCAAGAAGGAGGACGAGAUGAUUUACAUACUGGACCAAGUCCUGGGCGAAGUGCAGGAUGGAGCGAAUAACGGACACAUAAAGAAGUUGAUUGCUACGGUGGGAAAAGUAAAGCUGGAGCAGUCGGAAGUGAGUUGGACGACCCACGUGAAGACGGCUUACGCAAACAUCAUGAAGGCGCUGCAGACGGCUCCGAGUGGUCCAGAGCCAAGCAGCCAAGCACCGACACUGCGAGCCCCCAACGUUGCGCGUCAGAUUUCAGGCGGUAGCGCUGACUUGAGCGAAAGUAGCCGCUCGCUGAGUGCUGCGGAAAUGGCAUCGUUUCACCGGUUCUACAAGCUUGGACGAAAGCUUGGCUCUGGCGCGUUCUCGGUGGUACAUAUUGCGACACAUCGCGAGACGCGGAAGCAAGUUGCUGUCAAGUGCAUUGCAAAAGCAAAGAUGGGGUAUUUGGAUGUGCACUCGUUGAACCAGGAGGUGGAGGUCAUGUCGAGUCUGGACCACCCGAACAUUGUACCUCUGCUGGACUAUUUUGAAGAAGACAGAUACUACUACAUUGUGACCCCACUUUGUACGGGUGGCGAGCUCUUUGACGACCUGGUAAAGCGGAAGAGUUACACCGAAGAGGAUGCGCGCGUGCUGAUGCGUAAGCUCGCCAGUGCCAUCGAUUAUCUGCACUCGCGUGGUAUUGUGCAUCGUGAUCUCAAGCCUGAAAACAUUUUGCUGAAGACGUCAGCGCCUGGUGCCGAAGUGAUGAUUGCUGACUUUGGCUUUGCCAAAUCUAUGAACGGCUCGCGCCGAGGUACUGCUUGUGGCACCCCGGGGUAUGUGGCCCCCGAGGUGGUGCAAGGCGAGCCGUACGGAGCCCAAGUGGACUGUUGGAGCCUUGGCGUCAUCUUGUUCAUCCUGCUGUGCGGGUACCCGCCAUUCCCUGGCGCGAACCACGCCACGGUGCUUGACAAGGUCGUGAAGGCUGAUUACGAGUUUGAGUCGCCAUAUUGGGACAAGGUGUCGGACGAGGCGAAAGAUCUGGUGUCGGAGCUACUGUCAGUGGAUCGCACGAAGCGGCUCGACGCGCUGGGCGUUUUGGCUCACCCGUGGAUGGAUGAGACUCGUCCGUCAACCAUUAGCUGUACCGAUGACAGCGAGCUGCGGAAGCGCAUGACGCGCAAGUGCUCGAACCUGUUACCGGCGCUGCAGCAGAUGCGCAAACACAGUCUGACGCACGGGAGCCCGAAGAUCCGUCCGUCAGACAUGAAUGUGGACGACAUUGAGCUAGACGAGCUGACGAUGGACAGUGACAAGGAGAUGCUUGAGCGCGAGCUAGCGGACAUGAAGAGUUUCUAA